UAAUUUUGAUUUUAAUAUUUAUGUAAAAUAUUCAGAGACUGAUUUGUUUCUAUCUUUUUUUAUAGAGUAAACGACAUGACCGUCCCUUUUUAGUAACUUUCCAAUCACCUCAAUUUUUUUAUGAGUACAAUUAAUAUAAUCAAAGUUACCUCUGUUGAAAUUUUGUUUACACCGGAUUUACGUUUACCUAUACUUAAGUCGCUAUUAAAAUGUUAUGCCUAAAAAUCAAGGAUGGGGGGGGAGCUAAUUUCGAGUCGGCUGCGCCUAUGAUCUGUCCUACUCAAGUCAUCCCUCGGAGAAUACCUGAAAAAUGUGUUUUACAAUCUAUACAAUCAGCAAAAACCGACAAACGAACGGAUCUCUUCCAAGUUUACUCGACAGACAGUCUGUGUCUGUACCUUAGGUCUUGAUGGAAUGCAAAAAUUCAAACCGUGACAAAUGGAUUAUUUCAUACCUAACCAGCUAAGUAUAGUCGUUAUGGUGCAAUACACACAGUGUCUAUCAGUCGAAACCAAACGACCAAUAAUCGUAGACCUGUCUCUGUCUAUCUUACAUAUAAGUACAAGGUGAUUAAUUAAGUAUAUAAGACACAUGUGUACAGGGUUAAUUAAAUUUCACGGUACGGUAAGGUUUGUAUUCAACAACAUACCUACCUAGGCGAGAUGAAAAAACCUUUAUUUUAUAUUUUAACAUGCGAGUUUUAAAUAUUAUAAGAUUAUUUUGGCUUAAGAAAUCGUGUGCUGGUUAAUGUAAUGCACAAAACCUUUGUACUAUAUUAUAUCACAGCUGAUAUACAAAAUAUACAAACGGGUGUGCCACUUUUAAUUGAGUUUGCAAACGACCCAGACGUUAUAAAUUGAACAUAACAACGAUAUAAUCAUCAUCAUGUCGUUUUCCUACAUUACCUGUGACCCGGCUGAGCGACGACAAAUAUGUUAUUAUCAUUAUGCCGUCUCGGUCACCGCAAACAAACGUUGCGCGUCCAACCGACUUUUAAAAAUACAAAUAUCAUAAUAUAAUAUUAUUAUAUCUGUUAUUGACCAUGAAUAUAAUAUAAUAAUAUGGUCAAAGUUAUCAAAUGUGUACAUACAGACACAUCUACUACUCUGAAUAGAAUAUUUUAACAAAAAGUGUUGUGGCAUAUUGAUUAUUGGGAAAAAUACACAAAUCACAAAGCUCAGUGUAUACGUUAAUUGUAUGAUGAUAUCGACAAGCGUUUUUUUUUGUUAUCUAUUAUUAUCUAUAUUGACUUGCAGACUGUUAUGUAAAAAAAAAAAACGUUAGUCUCACAUACCAGCUAAUCUCGAUAAAUACAGUAUGUAGAAAAUACCGAACGAUUUCGAAAUAAAUCCCAUUGUAUAUGUAUUUAAACAGCAGAUUGACAAAAUGAGAAAAAAAUUGAUUUAUAUAUAGUUCUAAGCUAAACCCCCCCCAUAAAAUACUACAACUACAGACUAUACUCACUAUGUAGAUUAGCUAACGCCAUUUUAUAUAUACAUUAAUUUCUAUAUUUUUUUUUUUUACCCAACUUAACGACCCUGACAUUUAACACGGUGCACGUCUACAAAAUAAAUUUAUAUUACAACUAUAAUAGCUGUUAUAUUAUAUUUUACAUAUCCUAUUAACUAAAACCGUUGAAACUUUUAUGGUGUCUAACAAUAGACCGAACAAGUCGAACAGUGAUGGUUAACGACAAAUGGAUUAGUUUUGAAAAAGAAAAAAAAAUCCUAUCUUAAUUGCAUAUGAAAUUGGAUCAGUUUAAAAUUGGAAUAAUUUAAAUAGAACCAAGACAGAUUAGGGCCAAGUGUAGGCAAUUUUUCUUACCAAACUAUUCGUUAGGAACUUAAACUAUAAUAUUAGUGUAUACUUAAUUAAAACAGUAAUGAGAAUUCUUAUUGGUUGUUAUUUGACAGACUUGAGUGAACCAAUACCAAUGUGUCUUGGAAUUGUUGUAAAAAAUCUCGUUGAAAACUUAUUCAAGAUCAAAAUUGUAGAUUUUUGCUAUGCGAGUAAAAAAAAAUGAAAGCAACAAGAGUCAAAACUGAACAAAACUGGCUCGAUGGCGAUAAUAUUAUGGCAAAAAAAAAAUAUAUAUAUUAACAUGCUCACACACAAACACACACUGGACAUUUGAACAUCUUAUGUCACACAAGACGUCGUCGACGGUGGGCUAUGUGCGAAUUCGGCCAAGUCGUUGUUUUAUUUUUAAUUUUUUAAACCGGCCUAGUUUGUCGGUUUUCAGUUUGUUAAAAAAUAAAUACACAAAUAAACACAGGUAAUAUGAUCCCUUCGAACCUGGUGUGUUUUGUAGUGUCCGCAUUAGCCAUUUCUCAGGGUUUCAUACACUCGAACGAUAACCACAACAAGAACGGAUUAAUAAAGCUAUCGUCGUCGGAUGUCAAAAACAGUAGCCGAACAAAAUCUCAAGUCAUUGAAUUUAAAUCCAAUCAAAAGAGACUUGUAGCAUAUAAGAACGCCACGUCCAAAGAAUGCAAAGUUCAAUUCUUUGAUCAAGAUUCUUUGAACCUGUUAAAUUUGAAAAGCAAGUUGCGAACGAAAACACCCUUGUCGGAAAACGAAGUGGCCAAAAUCGUGGGUCAAAGCGUUAUCGACUUUUGCGGGAACAAUGCGAUUGUCUUUGCGGACAACCGAGAAACAAUCGCAAGAUCGAAGAGAUCAAUCGACCGGAAACGUUACCGAGGCCAAACGCAGACUCAGUUUGUCAGUUUUGGACCGAACAACUUCAACGGCAAAGAUGAUGCCAAAAACGGAGUGGCCGAAGCUUUGUCCCAACCGGAGCUGUCAAGAGCAACAGUCAGCGGUACGAAUGGAAUGGGACAGGCUCAGAGUCAGUCCAGCGUGAGCGACUGCGAAGAAUGCUAUGGACAAAGCGUUCGAGGAUCGCAUGGCGGAUACUCGCAAGAGAACCCAGCCCCUCAAACACUUCAGAUUGCUUCAAUGGAUGGUCAGCACUCGAAACCGUUGCCGGGAACAAAUAGGCAAGGCGGCAAUACACAAUUCCCUCCUUCGGGCGAACAAUAUCCCGGAGGAAAACUCAAUGCGGACCAACCGACUCGAACCGAUCCAUAUUAUACCAAUGAAAAACACCCUAGUUCGCCAGUAGGUCAUUCCGGGGUAAAUCCCAACUCGGGAAUAGGGUUGCAAGCUAAUACGCAGAUUCCCUCAGGACAAUCCGGCCCGGCAGCGUUCCCCAGUAACGAGCCCAUCGAUCGCUCUAGUGGGACCUCGAACCAAAGAUUAGGAUUGAACGCUUUUCCCUCCAACGGACAAAUACCUUAUGAGCAACGACCCGGCGCGAUAAACCCUAGCGGUGUGUACUCAAACCCUAGGAACCCUUAUGAUAAUUCACAGCAAGUCGGUCGGAAUACUUACCCGUCUUCGGCCAACUCGCCUGGAUUCACUUAUCCUGUCAAUGUCGUUCCGAAUACUCAACAGGCAUCAUUUCCCAGUGGAUCAGGAUUUCCCGGGUUUCCGUCCGGUUCUAGUCACGGCAUAAUAGCCCCGCACGUGUCUACUAUGGAAAACGUUAAUUUUAAAUAUCCCCACAACAGUUAUCAGCAAAAUAUCCCCAAUGGAAAUACCGUAGAUCAGCCCCAAUAUCAACCCUGGAGUAACCAACAAACCGGACAGCCAUUUAUCGGCGACGGAAGUUAUCCACCACAGAAUCCACCGUCGAAAAUAACAUACCCAAGUUUUUUAAACUCUAUGGUUGGUCAAAACACUAAUCAAUAUAGCUUCUUACCGUCGUUGUGCAGUUUUGUUUACCAGACUUGUCUAAACGCUUUAGCUAACAUUAAAGAAUCGAAUGGAUAUUUUACACCAAACAAUUACCCACACACUUCUUCGUACACUGGUCUAGGAAAGUAUUCGGGAACUUCUGACCACCGAAACCUAGCCGCUCCCAAUAGAAGCCCUCAGGGAACACUUGAUGGCGAAACAGCUGGAACUCCACAAUUUGGUUUUGCCCAACCCAGAAAUAAUGCUCUAUCUCCAGAUUUAUCGGGAAACGUAGGAUCUGGUGGACAACAGCCUAAUUUCAUGCAAACUGCAUUUAAUCCUAAUUUAGGGCAGACUGGCGGCAUAAACAUACCCUAUCCAAGCUCGAUCGGUAACUCAGGAUACGGCAAUCAACCACCUAUUUAUAAUGGACCAUCUCAAAAUUCUAUAGGAACCGUAGGGUCAGGAGUCCAGCAACCCGGUACAGGACUAAAUCCUAAUUCAUGGCAAGGUGGAACUAACGUACGUUAUCCGAGCUCGGGUUCAAGCGUUCAGCAACCGAAUUUUCAACAACCCGGAAGCGGCCUGAAUCCUAAUUUAGGACCGAUUGGAACAAACGUACAGUAUCCAAAUUCAUAUGGCAACAUCGGAACACAAGAGCCUGGAGCUAACGCACUCUAUCCGAAUUCAUUUGGUAACUUUGCAACUGGUAACCAACAACCAAAUUAUAACGUACCGUCUUCAAAUUCUACAGGAAAUGCAGGGCCCGGCAUUCAACAACCCGGAAACGGACUAAAUCCCAAUUUAGGUCAACCUGGAGCCAACAUACCCUAUCCUGGUUCGUUUGGCAGCUUUGGGACUGGCAAUCAACAGCCCGAAAGCGAACUAAAUCCCAAUUUAAGACAGCCUGGAACUAACGUAAACUAUCCCAGUUCAUAUGGCAACUUUGCAACUGGCAACCAACAACCAAAUUAUAACGUACCGUCUUCAAGUUCUACAGGAAAUGCAGGACCCGGCAUUCAACAACCCGGAAGCGGACUAAAUCCUAAUUUAGGACAGCUUGGAACCAACAUACCCUAUCCUGGUUCGUUUGGCAGCUUUGGGACUGACAAUCAACAGCCGAAUUAUAACGGACCCCCUUCAGGUGCAACUGGAAAUGUAGGGCCCGGCAUUCAACAACCUGGUAGCUUACUAAAUACUAAUUUAGGACAGCCUGGAGCCAACGCGCCUUAUCCGAGUUCGUAUGGUAAUCGCCAGCCUUACUAUAGCGGUCCUGGUUCUCCGGGGAACUUUGGGACUGCUGGUCAACAGCCAAAUCAGAGACAGCCUACUUCCAGUGGAUCGUUUCCGAGUUCGGUAAACGUCAAUCCGGGAGACAGCGUUCUGAGUGUAGGUCAACAACAAUACGGUGCGGGUACGCAGAAAGAACCCACCGGAAGUCAUCCACCUCAAAACGGCGGUGCGGACGUGUCUUCCGGCGGAGGAGGUCAAGUCACGUCGGUGGACGCCGAAGGAGGAGAAGCUCAAUCUCUGACCAGCGUAAACGUGGACGGCAUUGAAACCAGCGCUGCGGCAUCGUCUCAGGGUAAAUCCAAAAGCGGCGGGAUGACGCAGACCCAAGUCUCCGGGACGUAUUCGGGAACGGGCACGUUCUCCGCGCAGGCGCAGACGAGCGAUAGCGACAAAGGCGCGCAGAGCAACAUCGCGAGCAACGCAAACGGCACGACGAGCGCGGCGCAAGGGAGAGCAGGCAAGGGUCGGGCGCAAUCGCAAAUACACUACGACCUGGAGAGCGGGGUGGCCCUGGGCGAAGCUCAGAGCGUGGGGGCCGAUUACGCGACCAACACGCAACUGCAGGCCGGCAUCAAAGGAGGCAUAGCGGACGCCCAGUCUUCCGGUGCCGGCGGCACGUCCAGCCAGGCCCAGAUAGGAUUCUUGCCGCACGACUCCGACGGCACCGAACAGAAGUCGUUGUUCAAAGGCGGUGGCACGGCGUCCGCGCAAGGUGGCGCGCGCAAGGGCCAGUCUCAGAGUCAGCUGUCGGGCUCUUACAGGUACGGUAUCUCGUACAACGGCGCGGCCCAAGCCAGUUCCGGCGACAAGGUUCAGGGAUUGCCCAAAUUGACCGUGGACGGCGCCAAAGCCAAGAUCGACAGACUAGCGGGUACCACCGUACGGAACGAAAUAGCGGCCACUUCAACGCCGCCGACUCCUGCGGCACCGCUGCCGGAAGUCGACGACGACACGGAAGAGUACGACGAGGAAUACGAGGAGGACGACGACGAGAAAGAGGCCAAAGUCGGUACGACGUCGGCGCCGACUCCGGCGCAAACACAGAAUGUAUUUUUGAACCUGGAAGACGAACAACAGGCCCACGUCGUCCGGGACUCGGACGACCAGCAGGAGGCCGGACAGGUGUUGGACGCGGGCCAGCUGAUACCCGGCACGGACGGCACGAGAGUGCCGAACGGCCUGCGGGCCAGGGUGGCGUCGGCGGCCGGCGACCGUACCGAGGCCAAAGCGACGCCCGGUGGACAAGCGCAGACCCAAACGGUGCUGUUGACGCCCGGCGGGGGAGGCCUUACCGUGGUGGACAAAAGCAAGCUGAGGGCCAUGACGGCCAAGGAAUCGUACGUGGCUGCCAAGGGUUUCCAUACUGACCUGAACGGCGAGACGGGCCGCAAAUACCGACCGGUCGACGACAACGUUCAAUAUUUCACCAAGUCGUCGACUUGCGGUUACUUUUCGUUCUCUUGCAAUUACAUUGACGGCGCAAAGGCCGGAGCGAAGAUAUGUAAACCGAAUCCGCCGCCUUUGCCUUGCAAAAGAAACUAAAAAAACAAUUCUCUUAUUACAUCAUUAUACUUAUAUGUACAAAAAAAAUCAUUUAAUCACAAUGUUUUUCAAACGUAAGUACAAAAAAAUUACACAUUAUUAACCCUAAUUUUGUACUGUAACAUAUAACUAAUAAUAACAUUUGUCGUUUAAAUAUUACUAAUUAAUAUUAAUUACUUUUCACUAAACUCUAUUACGU